AUGGUUAAGCCUCAGCCGUCGCAGUUAACUUCUUACGAAAAGCCGCCUGAAAAUAACUCUCUCUACUCUUCGGCUUUUCGCUUACCGAAAAGAGGCCCGGAACCAGCAACAGAGGUGCUUCCAUACUUGGCUGGCCAUAGCAACAUGCCGAGCAGCUCCACCGGAUUUUUUUGCGAAAGUGGUUCGUUUAAUCGCCAUAGCGGUUGGGAAUUUUUAGCUGGACCUCCUUGUACCCCGUUGCGUUAUUUACCGGAGGGUGAUGGCCAGAAAGCAGGUUAUAAUAGAAGCUUUCCUGUUCCUUUGAACAAUUCGUUACCACUGAACAACCCUCAGCAGCUUGAGUCGAAGGCUUUUACAAAGGAUCUGGUGGUCAAUGAAUGCUUGAAAACAAAUGAAGGAAUAACUGCUUGUGAGGCUGCAGCAUAUCGUCCUGCUCCCGAAAGUUCUGAAGUAGGAAGCGUUGAGCAACGUGAAGCUAAAGAGAGGCUGUCAAGUGAUCAAUUCCGGGCAGCAUUGAGUGCUGUCGUGUGUCCAGGAGAUCCGAGAGGAGAUUUAAAAGAUUUUGUUCAGAUUGGAGAGGGCUCAACUGCAAUUGUUAUGACUGCCCUGAAGGUUUCUUUGGGCUGUAGAGUUGCAAUCAAGAUUAUGGACUUUUUGAAACAACAACGAAGAGAGUUGCUUUUUAAUGAGGUGGUAGUUAUGCGAGAUUACGAACAUCCAAAUAUUGUAAAGAUGUACAGCUCUUAUCUUAUUGGCAGUGAGCUAUGGGUUAUGAUGGAAUACAUGGAAGGUGGUCCUCUAACAGAUAUAAUCACAAGAACGAGACUUGAUGAGGAAACUAUUGCGACCGUUUGUUUACAAUGCUUGAAAGGCCUAGACUAUUUGCACUCAAAAGGUGUCGUGCAUCGAGAUAUUAAAAGUGACUCAAUAUUGCUUGCCAAAGAUGGAACAGUCAAGCUCUCUGAUUUUGGGUUUUGUGGCCAGCUGUCUGCUGAAGUCCCAAAAAGACGAAGCCUUGUAGGCACUCCUUACUGGAUGUCUCCUGAGGUGAUCAGUCGCUUACCUUACGGUACAAAGGCUGACAUGUGGUCAUUUGGCAUUAUGGUGAUUGAAAUGGUCCAGGGAGAACCUCCGCUUUUCGACGUCCAACCCCUGCAGGCUAUGCGUCAUAUUCGUGACUCAACUCCUGCAACCUUCCACCCAUCUGCAAAGGUGUCCGAAGAACUGAACUCCUUUGUAUCUCAUCUGCUUGUGAGGGAUCCGGAACAACGAAGUUCAGCUGCUGAACUCUUGCAUCAUCCAUUCUUGAAAAAAGCUCAGCAUCCUUCAGUAAUUUGCAAAUACAUGAGUUCUUAG